UACGGAUUUAAUUUCCGUUACUUCUGACUCUCGGGAUGGUUUUAGCUAGCGGAUGAAUUAAGCUAAUAAUGUAUGUUUGUGUCUCACAAUGUCAAUACACUCUCGUUUAUAUCGGUUACAUGUAUAACUUUGAAGGAAUCUGCUGAUAUUGUUGUCUGCCACAAUGGAACGUGAUAUUUUAGAUGUUCUGGAACAAAUCGGGUAUGACGGACCUCUGCAGGAUGAGGAGACGCUUGUCAAAGCAUGUGAAGGUGGACUGUCAUCACCUGAGUAUAUCAACCUUUGUAUGUGGUUUAAAUCCCGUCUGACACCGUUAUGUGACCUGGAAGAGAGCAAUACAUCAGGUUAUGGUGAUACUGAUGGCCUUCGGUUUGAGAUGAGUGGUAUGCUGAAGGAGUUGGAGUGCCCCUAUCAAGGCCUUGUCUCCGGGAUUCUACAGGGAGGGCUGCAGAAUAAAAAAGACCAUGUAAAGCUAGUAUUGUUUUUAAGCUCAGAGGUACAAGCUGCACAGAUUGUGAAGAGCCGACUUGUUGAGGACAAACAACACAAAGACCGAAACGAUCUCCAGGCAAUCUGUGAAACACUGAAGCUCCCAGAGCCAAGAGGGCAGGAAGUAGUAGAGCUGUUCUCCGGGAUAGAAAAAAAGAUAAACGCAGUGCUUCAAGAGCUUCCAAAGGAUCACAUUGGAAAGCCAGUGCUGAAGAACAAUCUCGACAGUGAACAGUGGGAAAGGCUGGAGCAGAUCAACACGGUCCUGUCCUCACAGUAUGAGUGUCGGCGGAGGCUGCUGAUCAAACGUCUGGACGUCACUGUGCAGUCUUUCGGCUGGUCAGACAGAGCCAAGGAGAGAGUUGACUGUAUGGCCAGGGCCUACCAGCCUAAGAGACACUCCCUGGCCCAGAUGUCAUCUGUGGGCAUGGCUCACCUGCUGGCAGCCAGGGAGGACAUAUGCAACGUGGUGAAGACUAGCAGUGGCUCAAGCAGAAAGAAUACUGCCUGUGCCGUCAAUAAGAUCCUGAUGGGAAGGGUGCCAGAUCGCGGUGGUCGGCCCUCUGAGAUAGAUGCCCCCCUCCCUGAGAUGCCAGCCUGGCAGAAGAGACAAGACGGAGGUUUUGGUGGUCGUGGUGGUGGUGGUCGAGGAGGUGGUGGUAGUUGGGGAGGUGGUGGUAGUUGGGGAGGUGGUGGUAGUUGGGGAGGUGGUAAGGGUGGCUGGCGAGGAGGGGGUGGAGUAGGAGGGGGCGUUGGUUGGGGUCACGGAGGAAAGAGAGGACGUUAUCAAUACUAACAAUGAUUUAUUUUUGACUGAAAAGCCAAACAGUGUUAACUGAAACCUACUCAUGUGUACCUGCUUCGCUAAGGGCAACACUAAGGCAUUGUUUAUUUGACUGAGAUUUACAGAAUGCUGACUGAGAUUUACAGAAUGCUACUGUAGGAACACUCCAAAAUAUUUGUCACCCAUUUUUGUGUUCAUUUUCAAUGCUGUUAUGAACUGUGCUGCUGAGGAUCGUUGUAGAAGCAACGAGUCAAACUCACUGACCAUUUUUGUAAUAGAUUUAUUCUAUUAUUCUGGUAACACUUUACUUGAUACCCAGUGUUAACACGUUAUGACACGGUCAUAACCUGUUAUAAUACUGUCAUGAUGCAUAUAUUUACACCGGUUGUGACAUUGCGCUAUUUUAUUGCUGGUUAUGACACCUACAUAAGUGUCAACCCACAUUUAUUCAAAUUAGAUUUUCCCUGCCAAGAAAUGUCCUUUCAUUUGAAAGUUUCUCUUUAAAUCCUUUGUUUUUGUUUAGUCAUGUAUAUUUUUUUUAUGUUUUAACUUGUAGAAAAUACUUUUAUGACAGUCAUGAAGAUUUAGGACCAUCCUGUUUUUUUUUUU